AUGACAACAAUGAACAAUUGCUAUGAAUAUCAAAUGCUGAAAUGUGAUGCUGAUUAUGUUUCCAUGUAUUAUAUUUUCGGUAAUUUCUAUAAUUGUAAUGUUCAGGAUUAUCUUAAAGGCGAUACUCGCAAAAAAGCACUCGUACAGAUUACGGACUUGAAAGCCAUUGAGAAUCGACAGUGUGAUGAAGGCAACUUAGUUCAUUAUCGUAUAACUAUAGCUGAUGCAACAUCAACCUGCUCAUCCUGUAUUCUGAAUACGGAUUUAAAUCAUUUAGUUGAAUCAGCCUUAAUAAAAGCCAACACAUUGAUUUAUAUCAAAGACAUAGCUCUUGAUAUGGUUGAUGAUAAUACAAAUAGAUCCAUGCUAAUUAUCAACGAUGUUGAUAUCGUUCAGACCAAUUCUGGCACAAUUGAUCAUAAUUCUAGAAAUGCUGAACUGUAUCAACAAUCAAACGUUCAAAUGACGUCGCAUGUUUUACAGUCACUGUCAACAAUCAACCGAAAUAUUGUUCAACCAAAAUCUUCAUCUACGAAUUAUUUUGAUGCUAAGCGUCAUAAUGAUGAGUCCAUAUUGAAACCAUCUGAUCAUGCAAUGCCUAUAGCAAUUGCUCAAAUUAAUCAAUAUAAUAACGGAUGGUCAAUCAAGGGUAUCGUUACGAAUAAAAGCAAUGUUCACCAUUACAAAAACUCUCGUGGUGAAGGUACAUUAUUUUCAUUUGAUCUACAGGAUAGUACAGGUGAAAUCCAAAUCACAGCAUUCAACAAUGAGUGUAGUCGAUUAUUUUCCAUCAUCGAAAUAGGGCAGGUCUAUGUUUUGGCAAAUGCUAGUGUAAAACCGGCAAAUCAGCAAUACAACAAAUUGUCGUCAAUCUAUGAAAUCAUUGCCACAUCACAGACUAGUGUCAGUCAUACCUCUAUUGAUGACUUCAUUCAUGUUCCGAUAUCAAAAUAUAAUUUUAUCCGACUCAAUGAAAUUGCUAUGCAACAGUCGGAUGCUUAUUUAGACGUCAUCGGUAUAGUUAAUCUUGUCUGUGAUCCAACUAUGGUUACCAAUAAAACCCAUAAAAAAUCUUAUGCUACACGGAUCAUAAGUAUUUUAGAUGAAACAGGUUCAAUAUCUGUUACUCUUUGGCAAGAUCAUGCAAGAGAUUUCAAUGAUAAAAGCAAUCCUGUUAUUGCUUUUAAGGCUAUUAAAGUACAUGAUUUUAAUGGCUGUCGAAGUCUUUCGACUACAUCAAAAACAAAUCUUAAAAUUAACCCACUUGAUACAGAAAGAACCGAACACCUAAAACGAUGGUUCCAUGAACAACAUCCAGACACGAGAAAAAUUGCAACUUCAAACAUCAUACAAGUAUCUACUCAGCAAGCAUCAAUUAAAACAUUUACCGAAGCUAUAAUUGAAUAUGUUUCGAAUCAAUCGAAAACUAUUUACUUUUCUAUCAAAGGUAUAUGCACAGAAGUCGACAAGCACUCUUUCAUUUAUAAGAUGUGUCCUGUUGAUACUUGCACCAAGAAAGUAAUUGAAAUCAGCGAUACUCAAUAUCGUUGUGUUAAAUGUGAUAAAACAUAUGAUGUUUUUAAAUGGGGCUAUAAGACAACGAUACAAGUCACUGAUAAUUCCAUUACACAACCUGUUAUUAUUUUCAAUAAACAGGCUGAAGCACUUUUUGGCAUACCAGCAGCGGAAAUGCUCACUCAUAUGAUGAAUGUAAAUCAUUGGUAUUGA